CCUCCGCGCCGCGCUAUAAAACCCACAGCCUGGGUACGCACCGCAAACCGCGCCGGAGAAACGGGACCGCUCAAAACUCAGCCAUCAACUCAAUAAACAUGCGCGUGACCCUCGGUAUGUGGAUGGGCGUGGUGGUGCUCCUGGUCUGCACACUGAUCUGCUUCGGCUCGCUGGCGGAAGGAUACCCGUCCAAACCGGACAACCCCGGAGAGGACGCGCCCGCGGAGGAACUCGCCAAAUAUUACUCCGCCCUGAGGCACUAUAUCAACCUCAUCACACGGCAGAGGUACGGGAAACGAUCGAGUGACGACACACUGCUGUCAGAGCUGCUUCUGAGAGAGAGCACCGAGACCAGCCCCCGAUCACGAUAUGUGGAACCGUCUAUGUGGUGACAUCAUAAAAAUGUGGCCAUCUCAUUUGUACCAAGUGUCUCCAAUUUUGCUGUCCCUCCUCUGUGACAACACAUCCUUACCUCAUCAACAUGGCCAGCACACUGCCUGAACCUGACCUCACCAACAUGGCCGCCCACCUACCAUCAGCACCUGGGGGUUAAAGUUCCACACGGAGCCAUCACUUCCUCAUCCACCAGCCCAGCUCAGCUCCUGGCUGUACAUAGUCCUGUUAAAGUAUCAUAUUCCUGCAUUCUCAUUGGAAUUAACUGUAAAGUAAAACUGUGCUAUUAAAAUUCAUUAUUUAAAGAUGA